UUAUUAUUAUUAUCUGUAGGUAUCAGUGGAGGAGACGUGACUCAAGUGUUCUUCAGUUCUGGUGAAGAUGUCCAUCUGUCCUGUAAUGAUGCUCUUUCUGACUGCACAACAACUACAUGGCUCUAUAGCAGACCGUCAGAGACAGUUGAACUGAUUACUUUAGGAAUAAAGUGGACUGACACAGAGAGACACGAGAGACUGAGUCUGGGCUCUGACUGCUCUCUGAACAUCAAGAAACUCACAAAAGAAGAUUGUGGACAUUACACCUGCAGACAAUAUGUGAAUGGACAACAACAAGGAGCUGAUGCACAAGUUUUUCUGCAUGUUCUUCAUGUGUCUUCAUCAUCCUCACAGUCUGAGAUCAGAUCAGGCCGCUCUCUGACUCUCUCCUGUCAGUUAUAUUAUUAUGAUCGAGUCUCUUGUGAUACUUCAGUCCGUUCUGAGGGUCUUGAUCUGAUCUGGGUGAAUCAGGCCGGUGUGAAUCUGCAGACAGACUCCAGAUUUCAGAUCUCAUUCUCCUCAGAACAGUGUCUCAUCUCUCUGACUACAACACUCCUGGAUGAAGAUCACAACAGAGAGUGGAGAUGUCAGCUUAAACACAGAGAUCAACUGAAUACCUCAGCCACAUAUACUGUCAAGUAUCCAAGUAAAUGAUUUAUAUGAACAAUUAAUCAUCAGUCAUUUAAAUAUGAUGGUAGUCUAUGACGUAUCUGAACCUUCAUCUUUUCCAGCUCCAAGCGAAACAAAGCCACCGUCUCCAGUCACCAGCUCU